AUGAGCCUCAGCCUGCCUGUCCGUGGAAGCAAACUCGUCAGUGUCUACGCUCCUCCGAUGACCAGCCCUGACGAGGCAAUGAACAAAUUCUACGAGGGUCUGCACACCCUCCUGCCGACUGUGCUGAAUGCAGAUAAGCUGAUUGUCUUGGUGACUUCAACGCUCGCGUAGGCAUGGACCAUGCUGCCUGGAGAGGAGUGCUGGGUCCCCUUGGUCUCGACGGGUUCCAAUGACAGCGGCCUACUCCUCCUAUGAGCCUGCGCAGAACAUUGUCUCAUCCUGCCCAACACAUUCUUCUGCCUUCUGAGGCGGGAGAAGGCCGCCUGGAUUCACCCAUUGUCACGACACUGGCACAUGCUGGACUAUUUCCUCGUCCGGAGGCAACACCAGCGGGAUGUGCUGGUGACAAAGGUGAGUCAUCGUCUCGUCGUUUCCAAAAUGAGGAUUCGUAUACAGCCUCGCAGGAGACCCAAAGGUAAGCGACCCUCCGGUAAGUUGAAUAUUAUUUUGUUGUCGUUGUCUGCUCACCAUCUCCAUUUCAGCAACGAACUACCCGAAAAGCUAGCCAACUUUCCAGUCGCCGCAGCCGCCACUGACAAAAAUGCCUCUGUGGAGAACCGAUGGUGUCAAUUGAAAAACACGGUCCGGUCAACCGCGACGGCUGUCCUCGAUUGCGCACGUCACCAAUACUAGGACCCGUUUAGUGACGACGACGCCGACAUCAACAACCUACUCAUCGAGAAGAACCGACUGUACAAAUCCUAUGUCAAUUGCCCUACCGACGCAAGCGAUGUAGCCUUCUACCGUAGUCGCCACCUUGUGCAACACCAACUGUGGAGGAUGCAGGACGCUUGGGUGGCUUGCAAGGCCUAGGAGAUCCACGGAUACGCGUACCGCAACGAAUAGAAAACUUCUUCGAUGUUAUCUAGGCUGUCUACGGUGCGUCAGCCAAAGGAACUGCCACUCUCCUCAUCGCUGACGGCAGAAGCCUACUCACCGAGAAGACACAAAUUCUGAAGAGAUGGGCCGAACACUUCAGAGUCGUCCUCAGCCGUCCUUCGACCAUCUCCAAGGCCGCUAUCAACCGACUGCCUCAAGUGGAGACCAACGCCGACCUCGACCUCCCGCCCUCCCUCCACGAAACCAUUAAAGUCGUACAACAGCGCUUCAGCGGGAAAAGGCUCGGAUCGGACGCGAUCCCUGAUGAGAUCUACAAGCACGGUGACCCACAACUUAUAUAA